AUGUCUCACGAGUCUGUCUGGAACUCUCGCCCCCGCUCGUACGGCAAGGGCUCGCGCUCUUGCCGUGUCUGCAAGCACUCGGCUGGUCUCAUCCGCAAGUACGACCUCAACCUGUGCCGUCAGUGCUUCCGUGAGAAGGCCAAGGACAUCGGCUUCAACAAGUUCCGCUAA